UUGUAAGUCGAGGACUGCCUGUAAUGCAGAACAAAUUAAUACUCUCCAUCUGAGAGCAGAACUUGGAUUCAGCAUCCUAUGUUUACUCUGCCGGUAGUGUGUUUCUUUUCUAAUGAUGGGACUUUUCCUUGACUUUGCUGCCCUUCAUCACCAACUCCUUUAGGGCUUAUCAGAUUAAAAGGUGGCCAGGAAACUGCACGAGUAACUAAGAUGCAGACCUGAAGAGCUAGGAGCAGAUUGGUUUUCGGUCCCUCCUGCGGGUUGUAUAAGCAGAAGAUGAGUUAGCAGGUGUUGUCGUUUCCUCUUCUCCCCCCAGUGAUUUGCUGACCUCCUGUGUUUGUGCAAGCCCGUGUAUUCUCUUUGCAUGAUGCUGCAUCUUUUUUCAUGGUAUUGUGUGGUUGAAUGCAGGGAGCUUUCAUUCAGAGUAUUGUUUCCCCCCCAGCCCACCCCACUAGCCAUGUCUGCAUAUUGUGUUGUGUUUGGAGAGGAGCCAACGCCUCUGCUGAUAGGACCCCUGUGGGGAAAAGGGGUGUUUUCUCAGCUCUGCCCGGGACACUAAAUGGCUCUUUUUCCCUCUGAUCUAUGCAAAAGAGAGGAAGAAGGGGCAUUGUUGCAAAACUAUGGUGUGAGAGUAGUUUUGUGAGUCGCAACACCAUGCAGGACUCAACCACAGCCCUUACCAUGGACGGUUACACCAGCAAUGUGCCGGCCUUUCUUACCAAGCUGUGGACCCUGGUUGAAGAUCCUGAGACGAACCACCUUAUCUGCUGGAAUACGAAUGGCACCAGCUUCCACGUUUUCGAUCAGAGUCAGUUUGCAAAGGAAGUCCUGCCCAAAUAUUUCAAGCACAAUAACAUGGCCAGUUUUGUCCGGCAGCUGAAUAUGUACGGGUUUAGGAAGGUGGUGAAUAUUGAGCAAGGUGGACUUGUGAAACCUGAGCGUGAUGAUACUGAAUUCCAGCACCUUUAUUUCCUGCAAGGCCACGAGCAUCUUCUGGAACUGAUCAAAAGGAAGGUGUCUGUUGUGAAAAGUGAAGAAACCAAGAUGCGCCAGGAAGACCUUAGCAGACUACUCUAUGAGAUCCAGGUCCUCAGAAACCAGCAGGAGAUGAUGGAGUGCCAGGUGCAGGAUGUGAAACAGCAGAACGAGGUUUUGUGGAAGGAAGUUCUGUGUCUCAGGCAGAAUCAUUUGCAGCAUCAGAAAGUGAUCAAUAAGCUGAUUCAAUUUCUGUUUGGCCAGCUCCAAUCAAGUCCCAGCAGUCCUGGGAUAAAGAGGAAACGACCUCUCAUGUUGGAUGAUGGGAACGCUGCCCCACAAGUGGCAAAAUUCAGGAGGCCUGUGCCUUUGGACCCCCUGCAUGAGCCUUGCUUCAUUCAGUCUCCAUCCACAGAACCUGCCUCGUGUUUAAACAGCCCCGUUCCGAGGGGGGCAAUCAUUUCCGAUGUUUCUGAAACCCCACAGUCCAGCCCUGUGGCUUUACAGCUGCCUCCUGAUAGCGAGAGGGAGGCUAGCCUUCUGCUGAUCAAGGAAGAACCCUCUGGCCCAGAGAGGAAAACUACUUUUACAAGUCCUGCUGUUCCCUUGGUUGGUUACAACCCCUGUCCUGAGCCUCCUGUACUGCCCAUUACUGUGGUCCAGUCUGUGUUGGACGGGAGAACGAGGUGUGAUGACCUGCAGCCGAUGUGUUUGCAGCCCCAGGAAAGGCGGUCCUUUCUGGACAGAGCAGUCGUUCCUGAUCUGUGGGAAGGUGCUGAUUUGAAUUUGGAAGGCCUUCAGAUCUUUCUAAGAAACCAGCAGUACAAUCUGGAAGCUACUAGAUCUUUGGAGGCCUUUAACCCCAUGAUACCUUCGAGUGAGUGGACUUUGAAUGACGUGGAGGUGGAUUUGCCUGGGGCUGCAGAUGCCCACUGUGGAACAGCUGGAGAAGAGCACAAAUAGGAAGUCCUCCUGAGAACCAGAAGCCCAGCUCAGCACCUCUUGCCCAGUAGCUGCUUGCUUUCAUCUGGAAAAUGUGGCUUCAUCUGCCAGUCCAAGGCUGGCUUUGCAUGGGAUUCCAGGGAUCAAUACACACAUUUCACGAGGAAAGACAUUUUUCUCUACAUAUUCCUGCACUGUUAUUUUUACCAGUUCAGAGCACUCUCUUUGAACCAAGAACACAACAUUUUGGAACACUAUGCAUUCAAGUGGUUUGUUCUGUGUAUGCUAGCAGUCUUCCCCAACCUGGUGCCCUCUAGAUAUUUUGGACCAGAACUCCCUUCAUCCACAGCCAGUGUGGUUAUUGGCCAGCCAUAUAUUGUAUAUUACCAUAUCUGUUUAUAAGGGCUGUUCAACAAAUGUGAUCAGUUUUUAGGGACAACCAUCUGAUUGUUUGGGUUAUACUUCUGUGUCCUCCAAGCUCUUGUUUUUGACUCUCUUGAAUUCUAGUUGAUUCUUCCGAUUUUGGAUUUUGGACCAGCUUUCAAACUCCUUGAGUUUCUUGAAUUAGCUUAAAUGUCACACGCUAAUUUGAGCUGUAGAUUCCAAAAUGCUUUGAGGACAAUGAGGAGUAUCUGUCGUUUACUUUUGACACAUCAUUCCUUUUAGGAACAAAUUGGUAGACAAGGGUGUCAGAGAAUUUUGUGGAGGAUUUGGAACCCUGGAAGGAAUUGUAAGAAGCAAUGAAAGGAAACUGUAUUUGAGACUUUUGGCUACUACUUAUGACCCAAGAUUUGAGAUAAUUUGGGCAUUUACCUUGUUUGAGAUUCAAAGUGCAAGUAAAAAAUAAACAGUUUUCCCUACUUGCUGA